AUGGUUUCAGUAAACUUUACGCAUGUGAAAUGUAAUUUGUUGCUCUGUGAUGCUCCCAGAGUUUUAUCAAAAUGCAGACUAGCAGAUGGAUUGAAAACUCAAGAUGAACAGGUAUCUGAAAGAAAAGUGUUUAUCAGGUUACAGCUAAGUAUGAUUGAAUACAAAUACUUCCCAUGGGCUGCAGUAUUUUGUGAUAUUUACGUCAACUCCAUGUACACAUCAUAUCAAGAAAGUACUUAA